ACCACCUUCGCUAGUUCGCAGCAAUUCCCCUGCUCGCUUCCAGUCUUUUCCCCUUCCGGCCAAGAAAGCUCAUCGGCCGGCGCGACGAGGCCACCCACGCGCAAACCCCCGCCGCGCCGCUCUGCUUCGCCCCAGGUUGUUGGGCUUUUCACGUCCCUUCGCAAUGGACUAUACAUCGGAUGGAGACUCAGAGCUUGAAGCUUAUGGUUCUGACACUUAUGCACUUCUGCUAUCAGGAGAUAUAAAAGUGAUGCAUGAUGGGAGUUCAUACAAGUGCCCCUUUUGUUCGGUUGGAAAUGGUGACUAUAACAUACAUGAAUUACUGCAGCAUGCCUUGAGUGUGGGGGCUGCCCAUGACCAGGAAGCAAAACAGAAGGUAGACCAUCGAGCCCUUGCCAAGCAUUUGAAGGAUGAACCAGCUAAAUCACAUAGUCCACUGCUGAGGCCAAUUAUUAUGGAUCCACAGCCUCCUCAACAUAAAAGGGAUGAGCUGUUUGUCUGGCCCUGGAUGGGUAUCAUAGUCAAUAUGCCUUCUGAAUAUGUUGGAAAAAGUGCAAACCGGCUGAAGGAGCAUUUCUCCUGUUUUCAUCCAGUUAAAGCACAUCAUGUGUACAGUAAAGGUUUUCCUACAGGUAAUGCUAUUGUUGAGUUUGGCAAGGACUUUGGUGGGUUUAGGAAUGCACGAAUAUUUGAGAAUCAGUUUGAGAAGAAUGGGUAUGGGAAAAUGGGCUGGCAGGAAAAAGAGCGCAGAGGGUCAGAGCCUUUUGGAUGGAUCGCUAGGGCAGAUGAUUACAAUGCUCCAGGGGCAAUAGGGGACUUUCUAAAGAAAAAUGGCGAUCUGAAGACGGUUGACGGCGUUGAGAAUGAAGAAAAAAAUAAAAAUGAGAAACUUGUGGCCAGUUUAUCUUCUAAGGUUAUUGAAAAGAAUAUGCAUUUAGAAGCACUUGAAUGUGAGUAUCAGGAGAGAACUGUGUCAUUGCAAAGGAUGAUGGAACAGAGGGAACAUCAGCUCCAGUCAUACAGCCAAGAACUCCAAAAGAUGCGACAGUGCUCUGUCGAACAUACACAAAAGAUUGUUGACGAGAACAAGAAGCUGCGCUUUGAUCUUCAGUCUAUGACGCAUGAGCUUGAUGCAAGGUCCAAAGAACUUGAUGAGUUGGCUGCACAGACUGAUUGCGAUAGAAGGAAGCUUGAACUGGAGAAGCAAAGGAAUGCGACAAAGUCCAAUCAUCUUAUGCUGGCAGAAAUGGAGUAUCAGAAAGCUAAUGAGAAUGUUCGCAAGCUUCUCGAACAACAACAGAAAGAGAAAGAAACUGCUUUAAACAAUGCUAAGAAGUUGGAGGAACAGUUUCAUGUGAAGCACAAUCUUCAACUAGAAAUAAAGCACCUGACAGGAAAAUUGGAAGUGAUAAAGCUCACACCAGGCAAUGAAACUUCAGAAACAGGGAAAAGAAUAGCUGAACUGACAGAGGAGCUGCAAGAUAAGAUCGAUGAGAUGGAAUAUACAGAAAACUACAACCAAGGUCUGAUCUUGCAAGAAAAAAAGGCUGCUGUUGAGUUGCAAGAAGCUCGGAAAUUUGUGUUAGAUGCUCUACAGGACUUGGGCGGUCAGACCAGUGACAAAGCACACAUAGGCAUCAGGAUGAUGGGUGAGCUUGACUCAAAGGCAUUUUUAAAUGUGUGCAGGAAAUAUUUUCCAAACGAUGAUGCGGAAGUUGGAAGUGUUGAGAUUUGUUCAAAGUGGCAGAACGAAAUUAAAAAUCCAGAAUGGCGUCCUUUUAAUGGAAAGGAAUUGGAAGUGAUCAAUGAGGAUGACAUGAAGCUCAAGGAGCUGAAAGAGGUGUACGGCGAGGAAGCAUAUGCUGCGGUGGUGACAGCGCUGAUGGAGCUGAAUGGCAGCGGCAGCAGCAGCGGCAGCAGGGUUCCUUUCCCGGAGCUAUGGAACCAGAGGGAGGGGAGGAAAGCAAAAUCCAAGGAAGCAGUCCAGCAUGCCAUCAAGCUGUUCAAGGCGAGCAAGAGACGGCGUUGAGCUGCUCAACGCUACGGUUUUCUCUAGAACCGACCCUAACUAAGCAGGACACCUUUCUAUGUUUGCUCAUAUAUUAAGUAGAGGGAAAUGGUGGUGGAGCGACCUGUGCUUUUUGCAGUUAUUACGUGGCUGGUAGCAGUUGUUCGUUGUCCAUGGCUGGGCUGGCUGCUUGACUUGUCGUGUGUGUGUGUGAUGAAACCCUCCAGCGUCUGAGACUCUUAGUGUUCUAAUAUGGGAUGACACUUAACUGGUUAAGUGUUAGCUAUAUUUGGCUAUGUGAA